UCCAAUCACACUGUGGUUUUCUGUAACCAGGAACCAGAAGACGCGCGGUGAUAAGCUGCAUUAACUAUAUUUGAAGUGAUUUACUCUUUAAUAAAACAGCUUUAUGAACAGUACAGAGGAACUGCGUAACGAACACCAAAUGCGUAAUUUACCAUGCGUUAGCAGCGUAUAGGGUAUAGUUAGCAAGGAAAGGCACUAACCGUUAGCCACUGAAGCUACAGCUUUCCUCCAGUCCCACUGUUGCACGGACGUCGGUCAAAUGUGACAUUUGAAAGUUCACCGGUUAAAUGUUACAUCUGCCGAAUAACUUAGCCUUUAAUUUACCCCCUGGGAAAAAAAAAAGAAAAUAGAAAAAAAUGUCCAAUACGGUGUUGGCAGUCGGCACGGGCGUUUUCGUCGUUGCGGUCGUUUGGAUCGUGGCACUUGUGCUUGGUGCGAUGCUACUGAGAGCCUCAGGAUCAGCAAAGUUAGGAAUCAUCCCUGUUGUUCUCCUGGCUCUUACGAUCACUCUGGUGCUGGUGUUUUUCCCCCGCAGCCCAGAGAGACCUCCCACCUUUAAAGAAAUAGAGAUAGUGGACACUUUGUUCAUCGGCCGUUAUGUCCUGUUGGCAGUGGCAAUCGCUGUCUUUCUGGGGAUGUUCUUCAUGGUGCUCCCCUUCCAUUUCCUGGAACCUGUCUAUGCCAAGGCCUUAAAAACACAGUAGAGCGGCCAGGGUCAGAGUUGGCACCGGUAUCACAAUCGCUGAUGUAUACAAGUAAAGACAAACGGGGCCCGGUGAGAGGCCCCCGGCUUCGUGUGGAAACGGAAGACACAAUGCGUCCCAAACAGGAACAGCAGGAGAGCUGGUGUGUUUCGACAAGGCCAACUGUUUGCUGUUUAUGCGAAAUCGGCAGAUACUGUGUCAUUCAUUCUGUAUUAUUUAAUAGUUCAAUAAAUGACUGAAGUAAAUCCAUAAA